CCGCUCUGCCCGCAGGAAGGGCCGCCCGCCCCGGCCAGUUCUGGGACGUGGUGGCGGUGACGGCCGCGGACGCGGAGCAGGCGCUGGGCUACCGGCAGCAGCUGGCCGGGAAGCUGAGCCGGGAGGAGCUGCCGCUGGGCACCCGCUACCAUGUGUUCGUGGAUCCGCCCGGACCGAAAAUCGGAAAUGGUGGGUCAACACUUCACGUUCUUCGAUGCUUGGAAGAUCUAUAUGGUGAUAAAUGGACUACUUUUACUGUGCUGCUAAUUCAUUCUGGUGGUUACAGUCAACGUUUACCAAAUGCAAGUGCCCUCGGAAAGAUUUUCACAGCUUUGCCUUUUGGUGACCCCAUUUACCAGAUGUUGGAACUGAAGCUUGCCAUGUACAUUGAUUUCCCCAGUCACAUGAAACCGGGAAUUCUCGUUACGUGUUCAGAUGACAUCGAACUUUACAGCACUGGGGUUACGGAGACGGUCGCGUUUGAUAAACCUGGAUUUACCGCCUUAGCUCACCCGUCGGAUCUGACCGUCGGGACCACGCACGGAGUGUUUGUUUUAGAUCCAUCCAGUUUUUCAGGAAAAGGAGGGCUCGAAUACACGUCUUGCCGUCGUUUCCUGCACAAGCCGGCUGUUGAGACGAUGCGCCGCUGCGGCGCAGUAUGCGUGAGACGGAACUGUCCUCAGCCAAGUUCCUCCGGAGACCACAGUGACUCAGAAAUGGACUCGGAGUGUGUGUAUACAGACAGCAUAUUUUACAUGGAUCAUAGCAUUGCAAAGCAAUUACUGAUGUUUUAUAAGCAGAUGGGCACUCUUUGCUGUGAAAUAGAUGCAUAUGGUGACUUCCUCCAGGCCCUGGGACCCGGGGCUACUCAGGAUUACACAAAAAACACCAGUAACGUCACAAAAGAGGAAUCGCAGUUGGUAGAAGUUCGGCAGAAGCUCUACUCUCUCCUGAAGGGAACUGCGCUUAACGUUAUAGUCUUAAACAACUCCAAGUUCUAUCACAUUGGAACUACUCAAGAGUAUUUGCUUCAUUUGGCAUCUGACAGCAAACUGAAAUUUGAGCUCAACUUACAGCCUGUGGCUUUUAGUAUCUUUUGUGGCAAAGGCGAGACCUUGACUCAGUCAGCAAGUAUCAUCCAAAGCGUGCUGGAGCCCGGGUGUCUCAUAGGGCCAGGAUCCGUUAUUGAGUACUCUAGAAUUGGACCUGAAGUCUCUGUAGGGGAGAACAGCAUUAUUAGUGGAUCACACAUAAAUUGGAAAGUAGACAUACCUGCAAACUGUUUUCUGAGUUCAUUAAGUAUCAAAAUGAACAAUCAAGUAAAGUAUGCAAGUAUGGUGUUCGGUGUAGAAGACGACCUGAAAAAGAGUGUGAAAUUGCUGUCAGAUAUACAUUCACUCCAGUUUUUUGGAGUCAGCUUACUAGAGUGCUUGGACCUCUGGGGUAUGAAGGUUUCAGACCAGCUCUUCUCCAGCGAGAGCACACGUUUGGGGCUGUGGACUGCUAGGAUUUUUCCUGUUUGUUCUACUUUAAGUGAAUCAGUUAGAAUGUCAUUAAAAAUGUUAAGUUCUGUGCAGCACAUGUCAGCUUUUAUAUUGAAUGGCUUUAAGCUCUUGUCUGUUGAAGAAAUGCUCACCUACAAAGAUGUAGAAGACAUGUUGAAGUUUAGGAAGCAACUUUAUGACAAAAUCCAUCUACAAAGACAAAAAGAGAAGUCUUGA